GCUUUUUCCCUUCAGAGAAAAUUCUUUGAUGUCUGCAAGAUUUGAAGCUCACUUUCUUAUAAAGGAGAAGAGCAGCCUGUGAUUGAUGCAAAACUCACUAUAAAUGCUGAUUUUUUUAUGUUUCUACUUGUAAAAGUGACUAAAGAAAAGUCCUGCUUGAUUCCCUCCCAUGUGCACAGCAACAACUUGGAAGGACUCCUUUUCCUUUUUCUUUUUUUUUCCUCCCCUUCUUUUUUCUUUUUUUUAAACCUGUGCUCUAUCAGUCCAUAAUCACUUGUGAAUUCAACCCCUUUGCUGACAAUGAAUACCACACACUUUGCCUUUUCAUUUCAGCCUGUGCUGCUUAAUGUCACUGAAGACAUCAAUGACUCAACUCUGAGCAACAGAAGCAGCGAUGGAUUUUGUGAGCAGGUCUUCAUAAAAGCUGAGGUCUUCUUGACUUUAGGGAUCAUCAGCCUCCUGGAAAACAUCCUUGUCAUUCUUGCAGUGCUGAAGAAUGGAAACCUACAUUCUCCCAUGUAUUUCUUCCUUUGUAGCUUGGCUGUGGCAGAUAUGUUAGUGAGCAUGUCAAAUGCCUUGGAGACUAUCAUGAUUGCCAUCCUGAGCAACGGCUAUUUGAUCAUUGAUGACCACUUUAUUCAGCAUAUGGACAAUGUUUUUGACUCAAUGAUUUGUAUUUCUUUGGUAGCCUCAAUUUGCAACCUCUUGGUUAUAGCCAUUGACAGGUACAUAACUAUUUUCUAUGCUCUCCGUUACCACAGCAUCAUGACUGUGAAGAAAGCUUUAACCCUGAUUGUGGUCAUUUGGAUUGCUUGUAUCAUCUGUGGCAUCAUAUUCAUUGCCUACUCGGAAAGCAAAACUGUCAUUGUCUGUCUCAUCACCAUGUUCUUUACCAUGCUCUUUCUCAUGGCCUCCCUCUAUGUUCACAUGUUCUUGUUUGCACGCCUGCAUGUUAAGCGGAUUGCAGCCCUCCCCGUGGAUGGGGUGCCCUACCAGCGUACCUGCAUGAAGGGAGCUGUCACCAUCACUAUAUUACUUGGUGUCUUCAUUGUUUGCUGGGCACCUUUCUUCCUUCACCUCAUUCUCAUCAUUUCUUGCCCAAUGAAUCCAUACUGCAUCUGCUACACUUCACACUUCAAUACCUAUCUGGUCUUGAUAAUGUGCAACUCAGUAAUUGAUCCACUCAUUUAUGCUUUCCGGAGUCUGGAGAUGAGAAAGACUUUCAAAGAAAUAGUGUGUUGCUGUUACGGCAUGAGUGUGGGACAGUGCAUGCUGUAAACAUCUGGCUUUGUGUUGACAAUAGAGAGGAUACACACAAUAGGUGUAUAAAUAUAUAUUUAUCUAGAAACGUAGCAGCUCCACUUUAAAAGCAGUAUCUGAAGGAAGGACACAGGAAAAAAAUAACCUUCUACUUGAUGCUUUGAUUCAUGCUUUUCAAAAUGAAAACCAGAUUCAACCAAAUUAUUUGAAAUUAUUUAAAUAGUUAUAACAGAAGGAAAUCCAUA